GCUUGCAUCUGAAGCAAUACACAUUGUGAUACUCUAUGUGAGGAUUUAACGUGAAAAUUUGGUGAAGAAACUUCUCGAACUUCUGAUUACAGUGAGAACUGAAACUGCGAUUUUGCUCUUCUGGAUUUCUGUUUGAACGAUCAGAAAAAAUCGUUAGUGUCUUAGAGUUAUCAGAGUUGCACAAUCCAGAGUCAAGUUUGGACAGGUAGUGGCAUGCAGGUGCAGGUACACCCACACGGUUCUGCCUCCAUGUACAAGCGUGUGCCGUCCAAGGACAGCACAAAUUCAGUUGACCUAGAAGAUGAUUCUGCACUUUUGCAGGAUGGUAUGGUCCAAGAAUCUAUGGAUCCACCCUCAAGACGUUCUCUGCCUCAUGUACUUGUGGCAUCCAUAGUUUCGUUCUUAUUUGGCUACCAUCUUGGUGUGGUGAACGAACCGCUUGAAAGCAUUGCCAAUGAUCUUGGUUUCAGCGGGAAUAGCCUAGCUGAAGGUCUGGUGGUUAGCACAUGUCUUGGUGGUGCCUUUCUUGGGUCUCUGUUCAGUGGUUAUAUUGCUGAUGGAGUUGGGCGCCGCAGGUCCUUUCAGUUUUGUGCUUUGCCUAUGAUCAUCGGUGCUUGCUGUAGUGCAACAAGCAAUAAUUUGACAGGGAUGCUACUUGGGAGGUUUCUUGUUGGAAUUGGGUUGGGUAUUGGUCCUCCUGUCGCAUCUCUCUAUAUCACAGAGGUUUCGCCUCCUUCUGUGCGUGGUACAUAUGGCAGCUUCAUUCAAAUUUCAACAUGUUUAGGGUUAAUGGGGGCUCUUUUGAUAGGGAUCCCUGUUAAGAGUAUCCCAGGCUGGUGGCGUAUGUGCUUUUGGCUAUCUACAAUUCCAUCCACAGUACUUGCUCUUGCUAUGGUAUUCUGUGCAGAAAGUCCACAUUGGCUUUACAAGAAAGGAAGAAAUACUGAAGCAGAGGUCGAGUUCCAGAAACUUUUAGGGGCUACAAAUGUCAGACCGGCAAUGGCAGAGCUGUUGAAGUCGGACAGGGGGGAUGAGAAUGAGACUGUUGGGAUUUCAGAACUGCUCUAUGGGCGCCAUUUUAGAGUUGUUUUUAUUGGAUCAACCCUGUUUGCUUUACAACAGCUAUCUGGCAUAAAUGCUGUAUUUUAUUUCUCUUCAACUGUAUUUAGAAGUGCGGGAGUUUCGUCAAACCUUGCCAACGCCUUUGUGGGGAUCGUUAAUCUAUUGGGAUCUAUCAUUGCGUUGCUUCUGAUGGAUAAACUUGGGAGGAAGGUUCUCCUUCUGUGGAGCUUCUUUGGCAUGGCUAUAUCUACAGUCUUUCAAGUAGUUGCAGCCGGCCUGUUUGCAUCAACAUCUGGAGCUCUGUAUCUCUCCGUCAGUGGCAUGCUAAUGUUUGUGUUUUGUUUUGCUGUUGGAGUUGGUCCUGUUCCUGGUCUCCUCCUCUCGGAAAUCUUUCCAAGCAGAAUAAGAGCAAAAGCUAUGGCCUUUUGUAUGUCAGUUCACUGGGUGUUCAAUUUCAUGGUCGGAUUAUUGUUCCUACGGUUGCUGGAGGUAAUGGGGCCGCAGCUGCUGUACUCGAUGCUGGGUACGUUUUGUUUGGUGGGGGUGGUUUUUGUAAAACGAAACGUGAUGGAAACCAAAGGAAAAACGCUUCAAGAAAUCGAGAUAGCUCUUCUUCCACAACAAUAGAACAAAUGUAAAUCGAUCAUCAUAGUGUUGCUUGUUGCUAAUCCGGAACAGCCAACCGAGGCCGUUGAUGCGAUUCUAGUAUUUACGGAAACGACCCCUCUACCCAGAUGCGGAGUCGGUGUAUAUCUUAUCAUCGGAUUCUACUUCUGUGUGGGAUAUAUGAAGUUUGUUUGGUUUACUCGAGCUUAUUAUGUUGUUGGGAAGAUGCUGUAUGUAAAAUAAAGAAGCUUUGGUAUACAUGUGUGUGUAAUUCCGGAUUUAUUUAUUUCCCGUGGUUUGUUAAAAAAUACGACUUCCGUUCA